AUGUGUCCAAGCGGCUCUAAAGAUGAGCAAGAUGCUCGAAAGAAACUGAGCACCAAAAAGUCUGCUGUCAAAAAACGGAUGGGGGAAUUUGCAGCAACUCUCCGUGACGACGACAAAGCUCUCUUCGAGGCUUUGCCUCCUGUUGACGUUGGCAAGGAUCUGUGGAAGUUGGAUCGCAAUUCGGAGCUGUACAAAUUCAUCUCCAAGUUCACUCCUGGACAGAAGAAGAUGUCGGAGCGUCUGCGAAAGGGAGGUGAACAGCUACAGACACUGAAACAGUUGGUGGAGGAGUCACGACAAGUGGAAAGGGGUGGCGGUGAGAAUCUCGAUCCCAAUCAUGCAGCAUUGGCACGACAGCCUUCACCACAACCGCCCAUGAUGCCGGGCAUGGCAAUCCAAGGCCAUGGCCUCCAACAAGAUGUGAUGCAAGGACAGUACGCCAUGGAGCAGCAGGGCCUCCACUGUGCUGGGCUCCCCCAUCGGCCCCCGAAUCACGUGGUGCAAGAAAUGCCGUUUGGUCCUCCCCACGCAAUGGAGCAUCCCGGCUAUCCAGCAAUGGGUCAGUAUCAUCCUCCCUAUACAAUGGGGUAUUGCGGCUAUCGAGCAAUGGCUCAGCAGGUUCAACCCACUCCUCCCCACGCAAUGGGGUUUCUGACGGUUGCUGAACAACCACGAUUCCAACCCACUCACCGGCCGUUGCCGCGAGUCACGGGAACGACGAACAACUUUACGGCGGCGUCCACAAUGGUGCUGUAG